CCCCCCUUCCCUCGGCGGGGCCGGCGCCGGUUUACGUAACGCCUCUCCGGGCGAAUUCCGGCUCGGUCCCGCCGCCUGAGUCGGGACGGGUCGCCAGAGGCCCCGGCAGGUCCUGCUGGGGAUUUGCAUCUGGCUUCAAUGUGAAAUUAAGGUAGAAAAAUGCACACAAACAUGUGUUUCCUGUUAAGAUUUAGUGUACUCAGUGGUUAUGCCUGAAGAGUGGGUCUUGUCUUUAGACGGAUAACUGCCAGGAAAUAUAAAUGAUUGUCCUAGAAGUCAAGCUUCUCUCCUCCUUACUGGAGUGAAAAAAAAUCCACCUCCAGGUUCCCACGGAAUAUCAUCUGCAGAAAAUGCAUCAUGUUCUAAGGAUGACAGCCACCUAGAUUCAUGCACCCAAUCUAUACAGUUGUUGUGGAUGGUUUGCCAUCUGAAAGCUCCUCAAGCUCCUGUCUGGGCCCUGUACCUGUUUCUGAAAUGUCUCUGCUUCAUGCUUUGGGCCCAGUGCAGACCUGGCUGGGACAAGAGCUAGAAAAAUGUGGCAUUGAUGCCAUGAUUUAUACUCGCUAUGUCCUCAGUCUUCUGCUGCAUGAUAGUUAUGACUACGACCUACAGGAACAGGAGAAUGACAUCUUCCUGGGCUGGGAAAAAGGAGCUUACAAGAAAUGGGGAAAAAGUAAGAAAAAAUGCUCUGAUCUAACACUAGAAGAAAUGAAAAAACAGGCUGCUGUUCAGUGUCUUCGCUCUGCUUCUGAUGAAAGCUCUGGGAUUGAGACUUUAGUGGAAGAGCUCUGCUGCAGACUGAAGGAUCUCCAGAGUAAACAAGAAGAGAAGAUUCAUAAGAAACUUGAGGGCUCUUUGCCUCCUGAAGUUGAUUUAUCUCCUGCGGCAAAGGAUCAAGUGGAAAUGUACUAUGAAGCAUUUCCACCUCUUUCCAAGAAACCAGUUUGCCUGCAAGAAAUUAUGACUGUAUGGAAUAAAUCCAAAAUUUGUUCUUACUCCAGCUCCUCCUCUUCUUCUACUGCCCCACCAGCUAGCACAGAUACAUCAUCGUCUCCCAAGGACUGCAUUAGUGAAAGCGAAGUAUCUAAAGAGAGAAACAGUAACAAAGGACCUGCUGCCAUACAUGAGAGAGCCUCACAGAAAAAGGAUAAAGAUGAAAAAGAGAACAAGUUUGGAAGCAGCACUGUGGAAGAGAAACCCGCUUUAUACAAAAAGCAAGUCCGGCAUAAAUCUGAGGGAAAGCUACGUCCUCGAUCUUGGUCUUCUGGCUCUAGUGAAGGAGGUUCCAACUCUAGCGGUAAUCAAGGUGAAUUAAAAGCAACCACCAAAUGUGUUAAAGUAAGGCAUAAAACAAGGGAGGUUCGGAGCAAAAAAGGACGAAAUGGGCAAAGCAGGCAUUUGGUAAAAGCCAGCGAGAAGGCUGAAAGGAAAAUCCAAGGUGGCGGCAGCAGCAGCAGCAGCAGCGGAUCUAUCAGACAACUGUGUAAAAGGGGGAAAAGGCCAUUCAAAGAAACUGGAAGGAAAGACGCCGGGAACUAUGAGGGAAGAGAGCUAUAUUUUGAUAGCAGAAAUGAAAAGGAAUAUAAAGAAGAGCCCUUGUGGUAUACUGAGCCAAUAACAGAAUAUUUUCUUCCCCUGAGUAGGAAAAGUAAGCUUGAGACAACGUACCGCAGCAGGCAAGAUGCAUGUGAGAGAACAUCCGAGGCUGUAGAAGAAUUAGCUGAAUCAGUGCAAGGUCUUUGCAUUAGCAACAAUAAUAUUAAUAAAACAUACCUCGCGGCAGGUACUUUCAUCGAUGGCCAUUUUGUGGAAAUGCCUGCAGUUCUAAAUGAGGAUAUUGGCCUCACUAGGACCUCAAUGUGUUCUCAACCAGAGGACGACACUCACUCAGAUGGUGUUCAUCUGUCAGAACUAACACACUUCUAUGAAGUGGAUAUUGACCAAUCCAUGUUGGAUUCUGGUGCCUCAGGCAAGAUGCAAGGAGAGAGUCGGAUUUUGAAUAUGAUUCGGCAGAAAAGUAAAGAGGGGGCUAACUUUGAGGCAGAAUGUUGCAUAGUAUUUGAUGGGAUGGAGUUGCAAGGGGAAAGUGCAAUAUGGGCGGAUUCAGCCACCUCUGUUGGUGCUGAAGGGUGGUUCUUGCAAGAUCUUAGUAAUUUAGCUCAAUUUUGGGAGUGCUGUUCAUCUUCUAGCUCUGGUGAUGCAGAUGGGGAGAGCUUUGAAGGAGAUUCUCCUGUUAGACUUUCCCCUCCCUUAGACAGCACAAUGCUUAAUUCACACAUGCUUGCAGGCAAUCAAGAGCUGUUUUCAGAUACUAAUGAAGGGUCUGGUUUAAAUUCUUUUUCAGUGUUUGAAGUGCAAUGCAGUAAUUCUGUCUUACCAUUUCCUUUUGAAAAACUCAGUUUGGGAAAUGAAAAUACAGAUUCUAGUAGCAAUGUUGGUAUGUUUGGGAAAACACAGUCGAGAUUGUUAAUAUGGACCAAAAAUAGUGCCUUUGAUGAAAAUGAACACUGUUCUAAUCUAUCAACAAGAACUUGUAGUCCAUGGUCAUACUCUGAAGAAACACGUUCAGACAAUGAGACUUUAAAUAUUCCAUUCGAAGAAUCCCCUCAGUUUAAUUCGGAUGAUGUUAAUUAUGUAGUUCCUAGAGUGUCUUCAAGUUAUGUAGAUGAAGAAGUUAUAAAUUUUUUGCAAGAGGAAACCUGCCAGGAACAGGCUAGACCUUUAGGAGAAAUGCCCACCUUAAUUUUUACAAAAAAAUCUAAACUAGAAUCUAUUUGUGGAAUUCAGUUGGAACAAAAAUCUGAAGGCAAAGAAUACGAACCUACACAAGUGUGUAGUGACAGCAGCCCACAUGAAGAUGACUAUGGCUCAGGGGUUAUUAAAGACAUUUGGACAAAUAUGACAGACAGAAAUUCUGCGGCAAUUGUGGAAAUAGAUGGCAUAGAAGAGGAAUUGUUUUCAGCUGAUGUAAAUAAUUAUUGCUGCUGCUUAAAUAAUGAAACAAAGGAAGAAAUUCUUCAAGAUCCAAAUAAAGCUGUGCAGAGAUCAGAAUAUCAUCUUUGGGAAGGUCAGAAAGAGAAUUUGGAGAAAAGAGCUUUCGCUACAAACCGUGUAUCAAAAGUGGACUGUGGCGAUUAUACUACACCUUCCAAACCAUGGGAUGUUAACCCAGAUAAGGAGAGUUCCUUUAUUCUCGGUGGAGUCUAUGGGGAGCUGAAAACGUUUAACAGUGAUGAUGAGUGGGCAGUGGUACCACCCAGUCACCCAAAAGGCAACUUAUUGCAGUGUGCAGCUUCUGAUGUGGUUACAAUAGCAGGUACAGAUGUCUUCAUGACCCCAGGAAACAGCUUUGCCCCCGGCCACAGGCAGUUAUGGAGACCCUUACUAUCAUUUGAACAGAGCGAGCCAUUGAAGUGUGGUGAUCAUGGAUUAAAUAGGGGUUUUUCAUUUAUCUUCCAUGAAGACUUGCUAGAAGCUUGUGGUAAUUUUCAAGGUGAAGAGUCUGGGGUUGAAUAUUCAUUCUCUUCCUUUGACUUGAAUAAUCCAUUUUCACAAGUUCUUCAUGUAGAAUGUACAUUUGAACCAGAAGGAAUUGCAUCCUUCAGCCCUUGCUUUAAACCCAAAUCUAUCCUUUGCUCUGAUUCCGAUAGGGAAGUUUUUCAUCCUAGAAUAUGUGGUGCUGGGAGGACACAGUACAGAGCGAUACGGAUUUCUCCAAGGACUCACUUCCGCCCAAUUUCUGCAUCUGAACUUUCUCCAUGUGGUGGGAGCGAGUCUGACUUUGAAUCAGAGAAAGAUGAGGGGAAUAUUGCUGCCCCUCCUCAAGCCGAAGUGUUUGAUGAUCCACAAGCAGACCUCAAGCCACUGGAAGAGGAUGCAGAAAAAGAAGGGCAUUAUUACGGCAAGUCAGAGCUUGAGUCUGGGAAGUUCCUUCCUAGGUUAAAAAAGUGCGGAAUGGAAAAGAGCGCCCAGACAUCUCUGGAUUCCCAGGAAGAGUCAUCUGGAGUGUUGCUGUCAGAAAAUGAGAAUUCUUGCUUGGAGUGCAGUAUGAAUGAACUACAAGACAUGAGGGCUGUGGAAAGCUCUCAGAUGAGUUGCAAUGUUGUGGAGCCACAAGAAGAGGAAGACAAGUCUUGCAGUUGUAAAGAUGACUCGCACACAGAUAAUCUUGUUUCUCCAGCACAGCCGAAAGAGUUUCCUGGAUUGAAUAACGAUCUUCAGAAAAUAAGCUACAAUCAAGCAAAGCAGUGCUGGUGGGAGAAAGCUCUCUAUACCCCACUCUUCCCUACGCCACAGUAUGAAGAAUGCUGUACAAGUGUCGAGAAGGAGAGUGGUAUUGGAGAAUGUACAGAUAUAAAAGAAAUGCCGCACAGUGAAGAACAUCUUUUAGAUAUUAAUAUGGUUUCUUCUGUUCACGAAGCAAGAUGUGCAAACCCGAGAAGCUGCGAAACAAAAUCAAAUGGCUUCAGGAAGAAACUCUACUCUAGUGACAGCACCAGCUCUGAAGGCACAGCGUCAGAAGGAGGAAAUGGAUGGGUGGAUCCUUGCGAAGAAGAGCUUUUUUCUCGAACUCACUUGUAAAAGUACAAAGUAAAAACCGAUGGUUAAGAUUAGCCUGAGAUGGAAAACUCUCUUCCUGAGAAUCUGUAAUUUGAAAACAAAUUGAGUUUCCCCUUCAGUUAAUGGAUUCAGAAGUGUAUUUAUCUUUCUCUUCUUGGUAUUUUUAUUUUUCAGUAGUUGGGGCACUGCCCCACUGGAAGGCUUUUCUUUUCUCCCUCCAAACUCUUGGCUUCUUGGCUAUUUGGACCUAGAGUAGAUUGUGUUGUCAAAUCAAGAAUGGAUGUGCAUGUGAUUUGUCUUGGUAGUAUCACUGCUCUUUUGCAUUCUAGCUGCAGUUACUUUUAUUUUGAACUGUAGCCCUAUCAGUAUUACUAUCUUACUAGCAUUGCAGUGUCUACAACUAUUCAGAGAUUUUAAUCUUUUAGCACAUUAGGUUUGUUCUUUAAGAUUUGGGAGAUAAAUACUUAACACUGUAAUCUAUCAGUGCCUUUCUGAAUGUGGGCGGAAAGCGUGUGUGGUGUGUCCAGUCUUCAAGAUCGCAUAACUUUGGAGUAGAAAUACUAGGGCUGUGCUUUAGAGACUUUCAGAAACUGUGUUUUCUAUGCUAUGAUCUCUCUUCUUGACUCAGACGAACACAGUUGUUUGUUUCCUUCUUGCUAACUGAGGACUUCAAGGAUUUUUGUAGGCAAGGGGGAAAAACCCAUAAUUUUCUCUCCCCUCCCACCCCACUUUCCCUCUUGU